AUGCCUCCCUUAUUGAACCCUAUGGAAUCCUCUGGGAACUGCAUGUAUGGGUUAGGCCUUUCCAAUGGCCUUUCUCAAAGUAAUGUGAAUUGCGAAGGAUCUUCCAGAGCUUCCUCACCGGCUCCGAAUACGACUAGUACCGCUCAACAAACUUCAAAUCAAAAUUCCCCAGUCAGAAAGCAUGAUCAAAUUAGCAGUAUUUUUUCUAAUAAACAAAAUGAUUAUAAUCCGGAACCUACUUAUCUACAAAGUAAUGUUAAUCAGUGGCAUAAUUCAACUUCAAUUAAAAGUAACUCACAUUCUUCUCUGCAAAAGCAGUUUGGAAAGCAUUCCACAUCACAUUCCAAGAAAAGUGAAACCCUUUUAACUGCAUUAUUCGAUUAUAAGGCACAAGGAGAAGAUGAACUAAGUUUGAAAAGAGGUGAAAGAGUUGAAGUAUUAACUAAAGAUGUUAAAGUAUCAGGAGAUGAGGGAUGGUGGACAGGAAAAAUAGGUGAUAAAGUUGGAAUUUUUCCAGCUAAUUUCGUAGCUGAUGAAAACGAAGAAUUGACAUCUGUCAUUAAUGACAUUCAACCAACUGAAAUUAGUUUUUCAGAGCUAGAACUAGCUGAAGUAAUAGGUGUAGGCGGAUUUGGAAAGGUUUAUAGGGGAAUAUGGCAUAAUGAGGAAGUUGCAGUGAAAGCAGCAAGACAAGAAUCAGAUGAAGAUAUAAAUGUAACUUUAGAAAAUGUUAGACAAGAAGCUAAGUUGUUUUGGUUGUUAAAGCAUGAAAAUAUAGUGUCUUUAAAGGGAGUUUGCUUAGAAAUUCCCAAUUUGUGUUUAGUAAUGGAAUAUGCUAAAGGUGGUAGUUUAAAUAGAGUACUCAGUGGAAGAAAAAUAAGACCUGAUGUGUUAGUAUUUUGGGCAAUUCAAAUUGCUAGGGGAAUGCAUUAUUUGCAUGAUCAAGCAAAAGUGCCAUUGAUUCACAGGGAUUUAAAAAGUUCAAAUGUUCUUUUGGCUGAACCUAUCAACAACGAUGAUCUUCUAUUGAAAACACUUAAAAUAACGGACUUUGGACUAGCAAGAGAAGUAUAUAGAACUACUAGAAUGUCUGCCGCUGGAACCUAUGCUUGGAUGGCUCCAGAAGUAAUCAAAUCAUCAACGUUUUCUAAAGCCAGCGAUGUUUGGAGCUAUGGAGUUCUUCUUUGGGAACUUUUAACGGGUGAAACUCCUUACAAAGGCAUUGAUAUUUUAGCUGUAGCUUAUGGUGUGGCCAUGAACAAACUUACUCUACCGAUUCCUACGACGUGUCCAGAGCCUUGGAGAGAUUUAAUGAAAGCCUGUUGGGAAUCCGAACCACACGAUCGUCCUUCAUUUGAAGAUAUUCUGCUAUCUUUGGAUAGAAUACAAAGGUCAGAGUUUACGCAAACUCCCCACGAAUCAUUUCACACUUUACAGGAUAAUUGGAAAGUUGAAAUUGAAGAAGUUUUACAUGAUUUACGAAUGAAAGAAAAGGAAUUGCGAUCGAGAGAAGAAGAACUCACCAAGCAACAAGAAACGUUAAAGCAAAGAGAACGAGACUUGUACGAACGGGAAUUAGAUUUAAUUGAAAGGGAAAUUAUGGUUUUUUUCCAACAAACUCCCACACCUAAAAAAAGAAAAGGACAUUUUAAAAGAAGUAGAUUAAAAUUAACAAAGAAAGAUGCACAAAAACCAAAUAUAAGUUUUCCUAAAGAUUUUCGGCAUACAUUGACAGUUCAACAUACGGGAGCAUCAGAUUUAAAACAAAGAAACGCAUCGAGUCCUAAUUCCCCACCUGGAUCUCCUAGUAUAACUCGCCUUCGAGCCAUUGCACUUUCUAGUGAUGGUGUGAAAGGUAAAACCUGGGGUCCAUCAACUUGUCAUCAACGGGAGCGCGGACAAAUAAUUGCACGAGUGGCUCCGGAUUCCCAUAAACAGUGGAGUAAAUCAGCUCCGAACCUGGAGAAGAAUUCGAGGAUGGGUGCUAAUUAUUCCCUUCAUGAAAUAGGUAGGAAUUAUUCUAUCAGAAAAGCAUCGUUCGACGAUGUCCGGUGCAGGGAAGAAUACAUUAAUUUAUGGGAGGGGACUAACAAAUGCGAAGACGAAAAAUUAAUGAAGACAAACGAGAGAAAAAAAUCAGGAGAACAAGAAGAUGAUGUAGGUUGCGCUGGUUUCGUGCGAAGCCGUGGAACGAUGUGGAAAUACGGGAACGAAGACGAUUUUUACAUAGUUAAAAACUUGCCCCACGGAAAAAAAAACGUUGAUACUAAUAAAUAG